AUGAGGCCCAGGGUGGAGUGCUACUCUCCGAGGUUUUGGCUGGUGCUGGCAGUCCUCGCAACAACAGGGAGCGGGACCCACGCGCAAAAAAGCCACCCAAGCAUUGGCAUUGCGGUCAUCCUGGUGGGGACCUCAGACGAAGUGGCCAUCAAAGAUGCCCACGAGAAAGAUGACUUCCACCACCUCUCAGUGGUGCCCCGGGUGGAGCUGGUGGCCAUGAAUGAAACUGAUCCCAAGAGCAUCAUCACCCGCAUCUGUGACCUCAUGUCAGACCGGAAGAUUCAAGGGGUGGUAUUUGCUGAUGACACAGACCAGGAAGCCAUUGCCCAGAUCCUGGACUUCAUCUCUGCCCAGACCCUCACUCCCAUCCUGGGCAUCCAUGGAGGCUCCUCUAUGAUCAUGGCAGAUAAGGAUGAGUCAUCCAUGUUCUUCCAGUUUGGCCCAUCAAUAGAACAGCAAGCUUCAGUCAUGCUCAACAUCAUGGAAGAAUAUGACUGGUACAUCUUCUCCAUUGUCACUACUUACUUUCCUGGUUACCAGGACUUUGUGAACAAGAUCCGCAGUACCAUUGAGCACAGCUUUGUGGGUUGGGAACUGGAGGAGGUCCUUCUGUUGGACAUGUCCCUGGAUGAUGGAGACUCAAAGAUCCAGAACCAGCUCAAGAAGCUCCAAAGCCCUGUUAUCCUCCUCUACUGCACCAAGGAAGAGGCCACCUACAUUUUUGAGGUGGCCAACUCUGUGGGUCUGACAGGCUAUGGUUACACGUGGAUCGUGCCCAGCCUGGUGGCAGGGGAUACAGACACAGUGCCAUCUGAGUUCCCCACUGGGCUCAUCUCUGUCUCAUAUGAUGAAUGGGACUACGGUCUUCCUGCUAGAGUGAGGGACGGAAUAGCCAUAAUCACCACGGCUGCUUCUGAUAUGCUGUCUGAACACAGCUUCAUCCCCGAGCCCAAAAGCAGCUGUUACAACACCCAGGAGAAAAGGAUUUACCAGUCCAACAUGCUCAACAGGUACCUGAUUAACGUCACCUUCGAAGGCAGGAAUUUGUCAUUCAGUGAGGACGGAUACCAGAUGCAUCCCAAGCUGGUGAUCAUCCUUCUGACCAAGGAGAGGAAGUGGGAGAGGGUGGGGAAAUGGAAGGAAAAGAAAUUGCAGAUGAAGUACUACGUGUGGCCCCGCUUUGAGCUUUAUCCUGACUCUGAGGAGCGUGAGGAUGAUCACCUGAGUAUAGUGACUCUGGAAGAGGCACCGUUUGUCAUUGUGGAGAAUGUGGACCCCCUAAGUGGCACCUGCAUGAGGAACACAGUCCCUUGCCAAAAACGCAUUGUGACUGAGAAUAAAACUGAUGAGGAGCCGGAUUAUAUGAAGAAGUGUUGUAAGGGGUUCUGCAUCGACAUCCUCAAGAAAAUCUCAAAGUCUGUCAAGUUCACCUAUGACCUGUACUUGGUGACUAAUGGCAAGCAUGGGAAAAAGAUCAAUGGGACGUGGAAUGGAAUGAUUGGAGAGGUCGUCACCAAGCGGGCCUAUAUGGCUGUGGGAUCCCUCACAAUUAACGAGGAAAGAUCAGAAGUAGUGGAUUUCUCUGUGCCCUUCAUUGAGACGGGAAUCAGCGUCAUGGUGUCACGUAGCAAUGGAACUGUCUCACCUUCUGCCUUCUUAGAGCCAUUCAGUGCUGACGUAUGGGUGAUGAUGUUUGUGAUGCUGCUUAUCAUCUCUGCAGUGGCCGUCUUUGUCUUCGAGUACUUCAGCCCUGUGGGCUAUAAUCGGUGCCUUGCUGAUGGCAGAGAGCCAGGAGGUCCCUCUUUCACCAUUGGCAAAGCUAUCUGGUUGCUGUGGGGGCUGGUGUUCAACAACUCUGUGCCAGUGCAGAAUCCCAAAGGUACCACUAGCAAGAUCAUGGUGUCAGUGUGGGCCUUCUUUGCUGUCAUCUUCCUGGCCAGCUACACUGCCAAUCUGGCUGCCUUCAUGAUCCAAGAGGAAUAUGUUGACCAGGUGUCCGGCUUGAGCGACAAAAAGUUCCAGAAACCCAAUGAUUUCUCACCCCCUUUCCGCUUUGGGACAGUUCCCAAUGGCAGCACAGAAAGGAACAUUCGCAACAACUAUCCUGAAAUGCACAGCUACAUGGUGAAGUUCAAUCAGAGGGGAGUGGAUGAUGCCCUAUUCUCAUUGAAGACUGGGAAGUUGGAUGCUUUCAUUUAUGAUGCAGCAGUGCUGAAUUACAUGGCUGGCAGAGAUGAAGGCUGCAAAUUGGUGACAAUUGGGAGUGGGAAAGUGUUCGCCUCCACUGGCUAUGGAAUUGCCAUACAGAAGGACUCAGGUUGGAAGCGCCAGGUUGAUCUUGCUAUUCUACAGCUUUUUGGAGAUGGGGAGAUGGAGGAGCUGGAAGCACUGUGGCUCACUGGCAUUUGUCACAAUGAGAAGAAUGAGGUUAUGAGCAGCCAGUUGGAUAUAGAUAACAUGGCAGGUGUCUUCUACAUGCUGGGAGCAGCUAUGGCCCUCAGUCUCAUCACCUUCAUCUGUGAACAUCUCUUCUACUGGCAGUUCCGCCACUGCUUCAUGGGUGUCUGCUCUGGCAAGCCUGGCGUGGUUUUCUCCAUCAGUAGGGGUAUCUACAGCUGCAUUCAUGGUGUGGCCAUUGAGGAACGCCAGUCAGCAAUGAACUCCCCCACAGCGACUAUGAACAACACCCAUUCCAACAUCCUACGCCUGCUUCGGACAGCCAAGAACAUGGCCAACCUAUCAGGGGUCAAUGGCUCACCACAGAGUGCCCUGGACUUCAUCCGCCGCGAAUCAUCAGUUUAUGAUAUUUCUGAACACCGCCGCAGCUUCACCCACUCAGACUGCAAGUCCUACAACAACCCCCCAUGUGAGGAGAAUCUAUUUAGUGACUACAUUAGUGAGGUGGAGAGGACCUUUGGCAACCUACAGUUGAAGGACAGCAAUGUAUAUCAGGACCACUACCACCACCACCACCGUCCCCACAGCAUCGGAAGCACCAGCUCCAUCGAUGGGCUCUACGACUGUGACAACCCACCUUUCAACGCCCAGUCACGGUCCAUCGGGAAGAAGCCCUUGGAUCUGGGGUUGCCCCCUGCCAAGCACAGCCAGCUGGGUGACCUCUAUGGCAAGUUCUCCUUCAAGAGCGACCGCUAUGGGGGCAGUGGAGCCCACGAUGACCUGAUCCGCUCAGACGUCUCUGACAUUUCCACUCACACGGUCACCUACGGCAACAUUGAAGGCAACGCAGCUAAGCGGCGGAAGCAGCAGUACAAGGACAGCCUGAAGAAACGUCCAGCCUCUGCCAAGUCCCGGCGGGAGUUCGAUGAGAUAGAGUUGGCUUACCGCCGGCGCCCACCCCGCUCGCCUGACCACAAACGCUACUUCAGGGACAAGGAAGGGCUACGGGACUUCUACCUGGACCAGUUUCGGGCCAAGGAAAACUCACCACACUGGGAGCAUGUGGACCUGACAGAUAUCUACAAAGAGCGUGGAGAUGAGUUUAAGCGGGACACGGGAGGAGGAGGAAGUGGAUCCUGCACAAACAGAGCCCACCAUAAGCACGGUUCGGGUGAGUUUGGCGGAAGCAAUGAGCACAAGCAUGGUGUUGUGAGUGGGGUCCCGGCGCCCUGGGAGAAGAAUCUGACCAACCUAGACUGGGAGGACCGGUCUGGGGCUAAUUUCUGCCGCAGCUGCCCUUCUAAGGUGCACAACUACACUCCAUCGGUGGUGGGGCAGAAUUCCACUCGCCAGGCCUGCAUCCGGUGUGAGGCCUGCAAGAAAGCAGGCAACCUGUAUGACAUCAGUGAGGACAACUCUCUCCAAGAGCUGGACCAGCCACCUGCCCCUGUGCCCGUGGCCACCAGUGCCACCUCCUCCUCCAAAUAUCCUCAGAGCCCUUCCAAUUCUGCCUCCAAGGUGCAGAAGAAGAACCGUAACAAGCUCCGCCGGCAACACUCCUAUGACACCUUUGUGGACCUGCAAAAGGAUGACUCGGCCCUGGCCCCUCGCAGCGUCAGCCUCAAGGACAAGGGUCGCUUUUUGGAGGGGAGCCCCUACGCCCACAUGUUUGAGAUGCCAGCCAGUGAGACCACCUUUGCCAACAACAAGUCCUCAGUGCCCGCCACCAGCUACCACCACCACAACAACCCUGGCAGCAGCGGGGGAUACAUGCUCAGCAAGUCGCUCUACCCUGACAGGGUCACCCAAAACCCUUUCAUCCCCACUUUUGGGGAUGACCAAUGCUUGCUCCACGGCAGCAAAUCUUAUUUCUUCAGGCAGCCUGUGGUGGCAGGAGGGCCCAAAGCCAGGCCAGACUUCCGAGCCAUCGUCACCACCAACAAGCCGGUGGUCUCAGCCCUUCAUGGGGCUGUGCCAGCCCGUUUCCAGAAGGACAUCUGUAUAGGGAACCAGUCCAACCCCUGUGUGCCUAACAACAAAAACCCCAGGGCUUUCAAUGGCUCCAGCAACGGGCAUGUUUAUGAGAAACUCUCCAGUAUUGAGUCUGACGUUUGA